AUGGUCUCUGUCGAGCAGGCAGAACAGAUCGCGGCCGCGAUCGAGGUACCGGACUGGGUCUUGACAAAGUCUGCGUCGCUCGUGUACAGCUGCUUCGGCCCCGCUGCCGAUGCUUUUGAAAACAGUAUCAAGAUCAACUUCCCGGCGCAGCAUGCGUUCGUGGAGAUGUGGAUGCGUGCACACUCCCACCCUUUUGCGGAGCGCCUGCCGUACCUGAAUCCGUGGCACGGGAUCGCCUCGAUCCUGGCCUACCUCUCCUUGAUUGUAAUCUUGCGUCUGUUGUAUUGCGUACUCGGUAAGUUCUCGUGCCGCACUCUCGGGUUGGUGCACAACCUCGGUCUCCAUCUUCUCUCGUUGUACAUGAGCCUUGGUCUCAUGAUCAGCGCGCGCGCCGCAGGGUACUCGCUCUGGAACAACGCAGCCGGCACCUCCCCGGCCGAGUGGCGCAUUGCGAAGCUCAUCUGGCUCUUCUAUGUCUCGAAGGUGCUGGAAUGGAUGGACACGGUAAUAAUGUUGUUAAAGCAGAACUACCACCAGGUCACCUUCCUGCACGUGUAUCACCACACGACGGUUUUUGUGCUGUGGUGGAUGGCGUCGCUGGUCGCUCCUGGCGGCGAGUCGUACUACAGCGCCAUGGUGAACUCUGGCGUUCACGUUUGCAUGUACGGGUACUACUUUCUCACGCUGCUCUUCCCAUCCGGCAUCGUGCGCGACGUCUUGAGCAAGUUCAAGUUUGUCAUUACGAAGGGCCAGAUGUGGCAGUUCGUCUUCAACUGCCUGCAGUCCGGGUACGACCUUGUGUGGGUGCCGCGGGAAGAGCUCAAGUACAGUACGGUGCUGCUGCAGAUCCUCUUCUGGUACAUGAUCUCCCUUCUGACGCUCUUUGGCAACUUCUUGGUGAAGAACAAGAAAUCUUCGCACCGCCGCCGCAUUGAUGCCGCAACUGCUUCGGCCGCGAAGGAGAACACGGCGGCGAAGUCCUACGGCGACGGCACCGACGGAACCCGUGUAAAGGUUGGGAUGACCAACAUGCAACUGGAGAAGCUGAAGAAUGAUCAGGCCGCGGAGCUGAAGCGGCUGAUGCGCAAGAAGGGCAACGGCAGCGGGCAAAAAGCCUCGCUCGAGGCCAGGGCAGGCAGCCGAUGA